AUGCAGAUCCCGAAUGAUACCAUUUCUGCUGCCAAAGCUGCUUUACAUCCAGUUAGGACCAAUAUCAUGCCACAACGGCAAAAGAAAAAGGUACCGCGAUUUUGCCUCUUCUGCAAGAACUUGCGUUGCUUCAAAAUUGAAUUUGUUGCGUGUCGUGGAUCACCAGUUUCAUAUUCACAACUCGCCAGAAGUAUUCACGAACUAGCUGCCACUUCUGAUCAGAAAAGUUCUCAACGGCAAUUAGUGCAUCAUGUGUUUCCAAAACUUGCAGUGUAUAAUUCUGUGGACCCUUCACUGGCUCCCUCUCUUCUCAUGCUUAAUCAGCAGUGUGAAGAUAGAAGUGUUCUUCGAUAUGUCUAUUACUACCUGGCCAGAAUUUUGUCUGACACUGGUGCCCAAGGUUUGAGCACAGGUGGUGGGAUACCCACUCCUAACUGGGAUGCUCUGGCUGAUAUUGAUGCUGUAGGAGGUGUUACUCGAGCUGAUGUUGUGCCUAGAAUAAUAGAGCAGCUUACUGCAGCAUCCACAAACUCUGAAUCUGAAUUUCAUGCUCGAAGAUUGCAAUCCUUGAAGGCACUUACAUAUGCGCCUGAAACCAACUCUGAUGUUUUGUCCAGAUUGUACGAAAUUGUUUUUGGCAUACUAGAGAAGGUUGGUGAUGCUCAACAAAAGCGAAAGAAAGGCAUACUUGGGGCUAAAGGUGGUGAUAAAGAUAUAGCCAGUCAGCUUACUGACAACAUAAUCAACUCUACUGAUGUGGCAGAUAGCCAAUCAGCUUACAGAGAAAGGAGAAUAACUCUCUAUUACACUUUUAAGACCACAUCCCUAUCUAUCAUCCGAAGCAAUCUACAAUAUGCUGCCUUAAGUGCUCUGAGAAGACUCCCUCUGGAUCCUGGAAAUCCAGCAUUUCUGCAUUAUGCUGUACAAGGGAUUUCAUUCGCUGAUCCAGUUGCUGUGAGGCAUGCACUAGAAAUUGUUUCUGAGAUAGCUACCAGGGAUCCUUAUGCUGUUGCUAUGGCCUUAGGAAAGCAUGCGCAACCUGGAGGGGCAUUACAAGAUAUUCUCCAUUUGCACGAUGUUCUCGCUAGAGUUUCUCUGGCGAGGUUAUGCUGUACAAUAUCAAGGGCUAGAGCUUUAGAUGAGAGAGCAGACAUUAGAUCUCAGUUCAAUUCAGUGCUCUACCAGCUUCUGUUGGAUCCCAGUGAAAGAGUCUGUUUUGAGGCGAUUUUAUGUGUACUAGGAAAAUAUGAUAACACUGAGAGGACUGAGGAGCGUGCAGCUGGGUGGUAUCGUUUGACCAGGGAAAUUCUCAAGUUACCAGAUGCAUCAUCAAAGGAAAGUUCUAAAGAUAAAUCUCAGAAGAUGAAACGCCCUCAGCCUCUUAUAAAACUUGUAAUGAGAAGGUUAGAGAGUUCUUUCCGUAGCUUUUCUAGACCUGUGCUUCAUGCAGCAGCUAGAGUUGUACAGGAGAUGGGGAAAAGUCGGGCUGCUGCCUUUGCUCUGGGCAUACAGGAUGUUGAAGAAGGAGCACAUGUCAAUACGUUUGCUGAUUCUACAGAUUAUAAUGAUUCAGAUGAAAGCACACAUCCAGAAACUAUGCUUUUCAGAUUGCAUAUUGAGUUUUCUAUUGAAGAUAUUGGCAUUCGAAGAACUUCUUCAGUAUCUAAUGUAACUGCUGGCAGAGAUACCAUCGCUGGUUUGUUGGCUUCAUUAAUGGAAGUGGUACGGACAACUGUUGCCUGUGAAUGUGUUUAUGUACGAGCCAUGGUGAUCAAGGCAUUAAUCUGGAUGCAAGGUCCAUAUGACUCAUUUGAUGAACUAGAAUCUAUUAUUGCAUCGGAACUUUCUGAUCCAGCUUGGCCAGCAGCACUAUUGAAUGAUGUUCUACUCACUUUGCAUGCUCGUUUUAAGUCUGUGCAUUUCCCCCCCCCAUGCACUGCAGGGAUAAAAGCCAUGGGUGCUAUAAAGGAGGGGGCUUCCCCAGAUAUGGCUGUUACUCUUCUUGAAAUUGCAAGGAUAUUUGCUACCAAAGUUCCAGGAAAGGUUGAUGCUGAUGUCUUACAACUGCUUUGGAAGACUUGUCUUGUUGGAGCUGGUCCUGAUGGGAAACAUAAAGCUUUAGAAGCAGUCACAAUGGUACUUGAUCUACCACCUCCGCAGCCAGGGUCAAUGCUUGGUUUUACUUCAGUGGACAGGGUUUCUGCGUCUGAUCCAAAGUCUGCUCUUGCAUUACAAAAACUAGUCCAAGCUGCGGUAUGGUUUCUUGGGGAAAAUGCAAAUUAUGCUGCUUCUGAAUAUGCUUGGGAAUCUGCGACCCCACCUGGUACCGCAUUGAUGAUGUUAGAUGCUGAUAAAAUGGUAGCUGCUGCUAGUUCUCGUAAUCCUACUCUUGCUGGUGCCUUGACAAGGCUCCAGAGGUGUGCAUUCAAUGGCAGUUGGGAGAUUCGAAUUAUUGCUGCUCAGGCUCUCACAACAAUGGCAAUAAGAUCUGGUGAACCUUUCAGGUUACAGAUUUAUGAGUUUCUGCACACUUUGGCGCAAGGUGGUCUUCAGUCGCAGUUAUCUGAUAUGCAUAUUAGUAAUGGAGAAGAUCAAGGAGCAAGUGGUACAGGCCUUGGAGUUUUAUUAAGUCCUAUGAUAAAGGUUCUGGAUGAGAUGUAUAGAGCACAAGAUGAUUUGAUCAAGGAAGUACGCAAUCAUGACAAUGCUAAGAAAGAAUGGACUGAUGAUGAACUGAAGAAACUUUAUGAAACCCAUGAAAGGCUGCUAGACCUUGUUUCAUUGUUUUGUUAUGUUCCAAGAACAAAGUAUCUCCCUUUGGGCCCAAUAAGUUCCAAACUUAUUGACAUCUAUCGGACGCGCCACAAUAUUAGUGCAUCUACUGGUUUGAGUGAUCCAGCUGUUGCCACUGGUAUUUCUGACCUUGUCUACGAAUCCCAACCACCAUCUGCUGAGCCUGAUACACUUGAUGAUGACCUAGUAAAUGCCUGGGCAGCGAACCUUGGUGAUGAUGGCUUAUGGGGUAACAAUGCACCGGCAAUGAAUAGGGUAAACGAAUUUCUGGCAGGUGCUGGAACAGAUGCCCCGGAAGUUGAUGAAGAGAAUAUGAUCUCUAGGCCUUCAGUUAGUUACGAUGAUAUGUGGGCAAAAACACUUCUAGAAUCUUCUGAGCUAGAGGAAGAUGAUGCAAAGUCAUUGGGAUCAUCAUCUCCGGAUUCAACAGGAUCAGUUGAGACUUCAAUAUCAUCCCACUUUGGUGGAAUGAACUAUCCUUCACUGUUCAGUUCACGUCCAUCCGGAUAUUCACAAACUACGGUUACAGGCACAGAGGUUCCAGGCACAGAGGAUAAGGCACCAGCAAGCCGAGGUAGUGGUCCCUCUAUGUACGAGGGUUUUGGUGGUUCUCCGAUAAGAGAAGAGCCUCCAUCAUACUCGUCAUCUGUCAUGCAAAGAUACGAGUCAUAUGAGAAUCCCCUAGGAGGAAAUGGGUCGCACAGUUUUGAGUCUCAAGAUGACGAACGAAUUUCAUCUGGAAAUCCUCAAUUUGGAAGUGCACUUUAUGACUUCACAGCAGGGGGAGACGAUGAAUUGAGUUUAACCGCUGGAGAAGAUGUUGAGAUUGAGUAUGAAGUAGAUGGAUGGUUUUAUGUUAAGAAGAAACGUCCAGGAAGGGAUGGCAAGAUGGCUGGAUUGGUCCCUGUUUUAUAUGUCAUAUUGCUUUCGUUCAAAAGUUUCCAUGUGCUCCUGUCCUAUGCCAUUCUGGCUUUUCUCCUUCGAAGUAUCAUGUAUCUUGGUCCCAAUUUGUUCAGUUGGAAUUCAAUGUAUCAAUUUUUAUUGGUCCUUGAUUUGGGUUACAAACGUCUUAACGUUGGAGAAAUAUGGGAUCAUGGGUCAUACAAAAUGGAAGGAAUCGAGAAAGCACAUCAAAACGAUGACAAAACUAAUAAGGUUCAAGGGGACAGUGCUACUAGGGAAACCAACAAGUGGCACAACAAUUCCAAUGUGGAGCCUUUGGAAUCAACUAUAUAUUUCAAACCCAUUUGUAGGACCAGUGAUGAAAAAAGCAAUAAGGAGCAGAUCAUCUCCUCACAAAAGUCUCCUCGCGCGUUUCUUUGUUUCCCUCUCUUGUUCGAAUUCACUCUUCUCUAUGUAUUUGGGUCUUUGGGAACUUUUGUAAUUUCAACAAAUUUGAGGCAAUUUUUCGAGAUACACGGUUUGAAGAGAUUUGAAGGAUUGGGGAUUGUGGUGGGUGAACAAAGCAACUAA